UAUCGAUAUUGCGUCCAUCUCUAGACACACGUCAAAGAAGAAGAAUUUGCUUGUCAUUUCGGUGUUUCGCUCAAUUGUUAUCCGCAACAAAAAAACAUUUGUUGCAAUUGUCGCAAGUACGCUUUAAAGAAAACACAAGCAUAGUACGCUGUGCUUAGCAAAUCCCAAACACUUUACAUACCAAACGCCACAAAUUCAAAAUGCCGUCGCUGGAGGUAAGCGUAAACAAAGUAAUUGUCCACCCGCUGGUUCUGUUAUCGGUUGUGGAUCACUUCAAUCGCAUGGGCAAAAUAGGUAACCAAAAGCGCGUCGUUGGCGUGCUUCUCGGCUGCUGGCGUUCCAAGGGCGUGCUGGAUGUGUCCAAUAGCUUUGCGGUGCCAUUUGAUGAGGAUGACAAGGACAAGUCGGUGUGGUUCUUGGAUCACGAUUAUCUGGAGAAUAUGUACAGCAUGUUCAAGAAAGUGAAUGCACGCGAGCGCGUUGUCGGCUGGUAUCAUACCGGACCGAAGCUACAUCAGAAUGAUAUAGCCAUAAAUGAGCUUAUUCGUCGCUACUGUCCAAAUUCGGUGCUUGUCAUCAUCGAUGCCAAGCCCAAGGAUCUGGGCCUGCCCACUGAGGCCUACAUAGCCGUCGAGGAGGUGCACGACGAUGGCUCACCCACGAGCAAAACCUUUGAGCAUGUGCCCAGCGAAAUUGGUGCCGAGGAGGCGGAGGAAGUGGGCGUUGAGCAUCUACUGCGCGACAUCAAGGACACCACCGUUGGCAGCCUGUCGCAGAAGAUCACCAACCAGCUGAUGGGCCUCAAGGGCUUAAACGCGCAAUUGCGCGACAUAAAACAGUAUCUGCAGCGCGUAGGCGACGGCAAGAUGCCCAUCAACUAUCAGAUUGUCUACCAGCUGCAAGACAUAUUCAACCUGCUGCCGGACAUAACCAACGAUCAAUUCACGGGCACCAUGUACGUAAAGACCAAUGAUCAGAUGCUGGUCGUCUAUUUGGCGUCGAUGGUACGCUCCAUAAUUGCGCUACACAAUUUGAUAAACAACAAGCUGGCGAAUCGGGAUGCUGAGGAGGGCAAGAAGAUAGUCGAGGGGGACAAGGAUGGCAAGGAUAAGAAUAAGGAUAGCAAAGACAAGGAGAACAAGGAUACUAAAGAUAAGGAUGGCAAGGACAAGAAAACUGAUGAGAAAUCAGACAAGAGCAAGGACGAGGGCGGCAAGAGUACUAAAAAAUAGGAGCGAAAGAAAAAACGGAAAUCGCGUCGCAAACGCAAGAAGCAG